GGGGGGUCUGUGACUCAUGACACGCCGAUAUGCCUGUGUUGUUGUCAUUACCCGCCUGGGGCGUCAUCCCGGCUAAUUUUCGUGGACUCCAGCUCAGCCAGUGGUUGCGCCAACAGCCUCAUGAGGCCGUCUGGACCGAUGAUGAAUGAUGAAAUAUUGGAUCUCGCCCAUCGUAUGACGCUGGCCACAGCGCAUCUCGUCAGCGCUUUUUGAUAUCAUCAGCGCCUAUGAUCGGCUGAAUCCAUCACACCCGCAACGCUGGAAUCCCUUUCAUUUGACGGUGUUGUACCUCCCUACAAAUCCUGACUUAUCUCAGUAUCCAACCAUUCACGGAAGACGGUCGAUCAACUGGUCUGGACCGACAGUCUUGAUGUUCUAUCGAACAGUCUUUCCCCGGGUAUGCCCCGGACAUGGGGAAGCGACCAAAAAAAUGCAAACACCCCGUCGCAAGCAUUCCUCGGAAGGCGUCAUCACCUCAUUCCAUUAUCAUCAUCACUCCCCCAAAUGUUAUCAUUGUGCCCCGUCUUCUUGUCUUGGUUUUUCUUGUGUAUAAUUUUCCUUUCUUCCCUUUUCUUUUUCUUUUCUUUUUAAUUUUUAAUUUACGAUUUUCUUAAAAAAGAAUUACUUUCAAUUCCAUUUUUAUAUAUGGCAAUGUUUUUUUGAUUCUUCCCGUAGUGUAAAUCCCAUUGGGGAAGAAGUCCAUUUGACCAGGUCAGCCUCGAGGUACUGUGUGGUACCCUCAUAUGACAAAGUGACUUUGUCACAUGGGGAUCCCUACGAAGAUGAAGUUGAUAGAUUCUUAUUAUUCAAUUUCAUUCCGCAAUCCAAUCCACCGCGCUUGGUUAACGGAGCAUCCUCUGCGAUCUUCCGCGAUAGCCGGCUCGGAAGUCCUGUUACGGAUUGCUCAUUUUUUACCCCGUUACCUUACAAGUCAAAAAUACGGGGCACGCACUUCUCCAGACCACACAAGCCACUUCUGCAGUUCCAGUUUCUACUCCGUAAAUCCC